GCUGGCCUGCCCUAUAAAUCCCCCGGCAAUGCCGAUCCGUCCGGCCAUCAGACCACAGCUGCCGACUUACUUGACAAGUACUACUGGCUACUAGUGCAAGUAUGGCUCGGGUCUCUGCCAAUGCCGUUGCACUUGUUGCACUCGUCUCCGUUCUUCUCACGUAUGGCUGCUGCGCCCACUCGGCGCUCAACUACACCGGCUCCUUGGCCAAAGCCUCCAAGGCUAGCUGGUCAUGGCUCCCUGCCAAGGCCACAUGGUACGGCGCGCCUACCGGCGCCGGCCCCGAUGACAACGGUGGUGCUUGCGGCUACAAGCACACUAACCAGUACCCGUUCAUGUCCAUGACUUCCUGCGGCAACGAGCCCCUGUUCAAGGACGGCAUGGGCUGCGGCGCCUGCUACCAGAUACGAUGCGUCAAUAACAAGGCCUGCUCCGGCAAGCCGGAGACGGUCAUGAUCACCGACAUGAACUACUACCCUGUGGCCAAGUACCAUUUUGACCUCAGCGGCACGGCGUUCGGCGCCAUGGCGAAGCCCGGCCAGAACGACAAGCUCCGCCACGCCGGCAUUAUCGACAUCCAGUUCCAAAGGGUGCCAUGCAAUCAUCCGGGCUUGAACGUCAACUUCCACGUCGAGCGGGGCUCCAACCCCAACUACCUCGCCGUGCUGGUGGAGUUCGCGAACCGGGAGGGCACCGUGGUGCAGAUGGACCUCAUGGAGUCAAGGAACGGCCGCCCGACGGGGUACUGGACGGCGAUGCGCCACUCGUGGGGCGCCAUCUGGCGGAUGGACUCCAGGCGCCGGCUGCAGGGCCCCUUCUCUCUCCGCAUCCGCAGCGAAUCCGGCAAGACGCUGGUGGCCAAACAAGUCAUCCCGGCCAACUGGAAGCCCGACACAAACUACCGUUCCAACGUCCAGUUCCGUUGAUCGCUCCGAGCUUCCGAUCGAUCAACGAAUACGUUGAUUGAUUCGGUACAGUGUGAAUGCAAAGUAUAUUGUUGAAUUUUACUGUCAAGGUAUAUGUUUACGUCGUCGUGCGUGUAGCUCGAAGAUGUGUUGGAAUGGAAGUAGGCUUUAGCAUGGGCAGCAUGGCCCGAAAGCCUAACAUCCAGGCCGGGCUUCUGUCUAGUGGAGUAGUAGUAUCCACGUGCUACCCAGCCCACUAUCACAAGAUUCACAGCUCGAAAUCUGAUAUAUUGUAAUUAAUCAGGUUUAUCCAUAUGCAUUAUGGGAUACCAAUUGUGUAUUCAGUCAAUCAGAUGCUCCCAUCAUUUCUAAAAGUCCUAGUUUGCAAUUGGUGAA